AGCGAAACUCACCGGAGCCCGGACUGUCUGCUGAAGCCCGAUCAUCCGCCAGAGUCCUUCAGUUCUGCUGCUGCAGGAAACAUGCUGCACGAAGAUGCCCAUCACCUCCACACCUUCAACAGUGAUCCAGAUCCAUGCAUCACCUUGAAGCACAGAGCAGCUCCAUAUGAGAGGAACCUCACUGAUGGUUCCCGUCCUCGGGUGGGCCGUCGGGUCUUCACCAAUAGUCGAGAACGAUGGCGGCAGCAGAACGUCAACGGUGCAUUCGCAGAGCUGCGACGUCUCAUACCCACCCACCCUCCAGAUAGGAAGCUCAGCAAGAACGAGAUCCUGCGCCUUGCUCUCAAGUACAUCAACUUUCUGGACCAUAUACUGACUGAACAAGACCUCAUGGGGGGCCUCCGGAGACAGGCUGGGAGGCUGGAGAAAGAGGAGGAGGAGAAAAACACACUGCAAGAGGUGCCAUCACCAAACUCUAGCUGUGAGAGUUCAGCAGAGGGAGACUGUGAUGGGCUGAGGGGGGAGCAGAGUCAGCUGCAGUACCUCCACUUCAGCAGGUACAGCUGAGCAGAUCCGGCAAAGAUCAGGAGUCAGACUGGUUCAUCAUUCCAGAUGUGAAAGCUCCUGCAGUCUCGGGUCAGACUGAUGCUCAUGUGCUCCAGUUCUUAGUUUUGAUUUUUAUUUGAAAGGCUGUUUGCUGUCAGUCAGCUGAUUCAGCUUCAAACACAAAGACCUGAACAGAGAAAAACAGCAAACCUGAGGCACAGAAACCUUCAUCAUGUCCAGCCUUUUUGCCAGGUGACUCAAACUCAUUUCUGAAUCAUUUUAGAAAAUCAAGGAUGAUAGAUGAGGCUUCAUGCAGCAGACAGAUGAAUUA